AUGGAGGCGGACAUCAACCAUCGAAUACCAACUGAAAUCUUAGAAAAAAUCCUUGGCGAUAUUUUUCAUUCUCGGCCACGUCCAUCAUUCUCCUCACUAUUAAAUGUUGCAUUAACAUGCAAGAAAUGGAAUCUACUGAUCGACAACUAUCGUCGUCGUUCAACAUUUGAUCCUAUUAAUCUUCGAUCUCAUCUAUUGUCAUCGACUAUUUUAAAGAGUCGAUGGAACAGUCUGACGUUCAGUUUUGUUGAUGGACCCGACCUAACAUGGCGUAAGAUAAUGCCGGAUGAUUCAAGCAAUAUUCUCCAAAUACCCGUAGCUACAGGAAAAGACGACUAUUUUCAGCUUGGUAUGGGUUGGAACGGUGUGAUAACAGUACGCUCACCGGGGGCACAAUCAGAGGAAAACGUUUCCCUGGACCUUUCUUGAAAACCAUUUUGCCAAAAUCCUCUAAAAAUCCUUUCAAAAUCUUGAAAGUGUUUUUGUUGAAUUCCACAGACUUUUUUAUCUAUAGAAUCAAGUUUUCGUGAAAUUCGAGUAAAAAUUAACUAAUUUCUAGAACAAAAAAGGCUCCAAUUCUUAGGCAAAACAUCCCAAAUUUCAGUAAAAAUAGAGAGUAUUACUAAUUACUGAAAAUUAUGGCUAAUUAGUAAUUAAACGGUACUCAGAGAAGCCAUUCUAAAUUUGUUUUUGCAUGGAAUUGUGUCUACGAACAAUUCUCUAAAAGACUACACCAGAAUCAACUGAAAGUGACAUUCAUAUGAAAAACUAGGAAAUUUUUAAAAAGUGCCUCUCAACCUAAAAGCGUCAAUUAAUUUUGAACUUGAUUAAUUAAUAGCUCCGGCAAUAUUUGACCGACGACUUUUUUAUUGCAUACGCAUACCAUUGAAGGUAUUCUUUAAUCUGAUCCAGAACUUUGUGCAUGUAUGUAUUUCUCAUUCUAGUCCCUUUUGGUGAUUGAUAGACUAGUUAGAGUUGUAUCAGUAUUAUCAGCUGCGGGGUUGUCCGUUCGAGAACGUACAAAGUUUACAUCGACUUUGUCCGAAUUGUUCGAGAGUAACAGGACUAGUACAACUCGGCCUCCUGAUGGCGAAUAUCACGUUUAAAAAGUUUAGAAACAACAUCAUGGUGGUCUUCUAGACCUAUGGAAAUCCCAUUUCCCAGCAGAACAGUCCUUUUCUGGGCAUUUUCAUCAUUUUUAGUGAAACACUUUCAUGAGCCCCGGAAAAAUGGUUCGAUCGAGCUCAAAUUUUUACCCUAUCUCAGGUUCUAAUUUUUUUUUCCGAAAAAUGUGCUUUCCUUCUCCAGAUAUACCAAAAAUGCCGAAAGUCAGUGAAAAAAACUGAAAAAAUCUGACCUUUUUUGCGUGAUUUUCAACAUUUUUCGUAUAUCUCGAGAAGGAAAGCAUAUUUUACGAACCAUAUAGCCUUAUAGAGCAAAGAAUUCUGAGCAAAAUAAGAUAUCUUCCGGCUGUCUAUAACGCUUUUCUCGGAAAGCCCUUCAAAAGAUCGAAUCCACUAGACCUGUCCCAAUACACAACCAUCUGUUCAAUUAAAAAAUAUCCAAAUUAUAAAUAUCCAAAUGAAUUGUUUGGACGAGAAUUUAAUCGAAAAGAAGACUUUUCUGGCCCUGUUCAGUCAGAAAAUUUCGCUGAUCCCGUUCAUUGUUCCAUCAAGACUUUUUUUCAAAGCAAAUCAAUAAAAAAACGCCACACCGAACAAAGAAAUUUAGAAAUUAUCGGGUCGAAGUCCACAUCGUUUUAUCUUUUGUACUCGAGAAAUCAUUAUAGGCAGAAUAAAUUGUGUAAGAAUAUUAGCGAUUUUUCCCUCUUUUUUUAAGUUUUAGACGCAGACGACUCGCUCAAAAUCUCGCUUAGAACCUUGAAAAAUUGUUUUCUGUAGCUUUGACGACAUGCUCUUUCAUUUGGACACGUCAAGGAAAUUUUUUGGUGAAAAUGGUUUUUCGAUUGAAAAACCAAGAUCUUUAAAAAACGGGUCUUUAAGUCGAAAGCGGGCAAAAACCAUUGUGAUAUUCGGAAUCAGCACGUUCGAUUACCUAUUGUCAACUGAGUUUAAGCUCAAAAGCGAGGAGGCAGUUGGUGGCCUUCCGC